AGGGACAGGACGGGACAGGACGGGACGGGACGGGACGGGACGGGACGGGAAGCGUGCGCAAUAAGGGUCGUGGUGUGUUGUGGGAGUGGCUAUGCACGAGCCAGCCAAUCAGUCCCGGGGGGGGGGGGUCUGCCGACACGGUUUCGCAAAGGACAAUAAUGGUCCAAAUUUGUGCAAGCAAUAUUCGCAUCCAGCGGGUCAUUAAAAGCUGGAUGCCACCUGCAGUACCGAAGUGGGGGACUGCGACCCCCGCCCCAACUUUGACCGUUAAAACAAAACACGACCGCGGUCACGCGCUCCUCCCACUUUCUGCUCGCUCGCGCUCGUCGCCGGGAAGCCACGGUGGCCAUGGUAACGAGCACACGAAGAUGAUCGUGUCGCGCGAUAUGAUCGCCACGUGAUACGCGCCCACUCGUCGGCAUCAAUGUUUGACAAGAACAAAAAAAAAUUGAUUCAGUCUUUGCCCGCGUAUUUGUGUUUGCGCGUGCGCGCAGUCUGAAUGCGUGUGCACACGAGCACGAAGCUGGCGCAAAAUCAACGUGGAAAACGAGACCAGGCCACGACCCAGAGGGAGAAGGAAAGAAAGAAAAAGAAAGAGAGAGAGAGAGAGAGGAGGAGGAGCCAAGGGAGGAGCCCGUCCGCCGCGCGUCCCGUCGGCCCCCCACACGAGAACAAAAAGACCGCCGACGCCACGGCUGCUCAGAUCCUCUCGGCGGGGGGCGCGGCUGAGGCGGAGGAGCAAGAGCGCCAGGCGAGGAGGCGGCGGCCGGGCCGAAGAAGAGAUGCCCGCCCGUCAGAAAGUAUCACGCUGAGCCGCGUUAGGCGAGCGCAAAAGCUGCCUGCCCGACCGACCGACGCGCGUCUGCUGAAGAUGGCGACGACCGCCCGUGGAUGAGACGCGGCGACGAGAUUUGCGGCACCUACGCCGGCGUUCCAGAUGGACGACGCGUCGUACGCCGGCUGAGGGACGCUUUUGCCUCCACGCGAGCCACGAGGAGCGUUCCGACCGGGUUCUACUGGUUUGCGUCGGAGCGCGAGCGACGCGAAAAGCGCUCUCCCGGUGAGAGGAAGCGGACGAGCGCAAGCUACGCGAUGCGGGCACCGCUUCAGGGUGCGGCUCCCUGGACUUGCGCGCUGGUCCUGCUGGGCUGCCUCCAGCGGAUCCGGUCCCUCCGGGCCGGCAACUCCACCCGCGAGGGCGGCUGCCUGCGCGCGGCCGACAUCCUGAGCUGCGCCGGGCUGGGCCUGGACCGGGUCCCGGAAGACGUGCCGGCUCACGCCGUGACUUUGGACCUGAGCCACAACCGUCUGGCGGCGCUGCGGGGCCGCAGCUUCCAAGGGCUGGCGCAUCUGCGCACCGUACGUUUGGCGCACAACCGACUGAGCGGCAUUCGGCCGGCCGCUUUCCGGAACUCCUCGGGGGCGCUGCUGCGACACCUGGACUUGUCAUCCAACAGGUUGCGGGCCGUGGAGGGGGCCUACUUCCGGGACCUUCCGGGUCUGGAGGAGCUGCUGCUCUACGACAACCUGCUGGUGAGGGUGGAGAGCGACGCCCUGGCCGGACUGAGGAGCCUCCGCAGACUCUACCUCAGCCACAACCGACUCCAGGAUUUUCCCUUCUCGUCCGUCCGGGAGCACAGUCGGCUGGUUUUGCUGGACCUGUCCUCCAACGGCCUCCUCCGGCUGCCGCUGGAGAACCUCACCGGCCUCCCGGGUAGACUCCAGCAGGGACUCUACCUUCACGCCAACCCGCUGGUGUGCGACUGCGCCACGUACCGCAUGUUCCGCCUGUGGGAGCUUCGCGGCUACGCGGCGGUCGCGGACUUCCGGCAGAACUACACCUGCCUGAUGUACGGGGUGCGUGGACUCGCUGCGCGUUUCCUGCCCGACUUCCCCCAAGCGUGCAACACCACCGCCGUGACGCCGCAGUCUGGGGGCGUGUCGGUGAACGCGGGGCGCCCGGCGCUGCUCCACUGCAGCACCGCGCUGACCGGGAAGCACGUCACGUUCUUCUGGCUCUCCCCACACCGGGAGUACGUGGCGCCGCCCGGCAACAACGGGUCGCUGAAGGUGUUCGCCAACGGGAGUCUGGAGAUCCCGGCGGCCCGAGCGGAGGACUCCGGAGUCUACCGGUGCGUGGCCCUCGAUCCGGUCGGAAGGCGGAACGAGACGCAGGAAGUGCGGGUGACUGUGGUGACGCGGCACCACGGCAAAAAUCACGAGUCCUUCAACACCGGGUUGACGACCCUGCUGGGCUGCGCGGUCAGCCUGAUGCUGGUCCUCGUGUACUUGUACCUGACACCCUGCCGCUGCCCACCCCGCGACGAGGCCGGACCGGAGAGCGUCCUCGGCCCCUCCCCGCCCCCCGCCGAGGGCCCGGACCACAGGGUCGGCGCCAACAAGCACGUGGUCUUCCGGGAGCCAAUCAAAGAGCAGCACAACGGGCACGCGUGGCCGCCGUCGCCUCCGGAGGCCGAUGUGCGGCGGGACGGCGCCUUCCCGCACGCGGCCCUCGUGUUGCCAUAGCGACGGCACCCCGAGAAGUCUCGUCUCCUCGGGCCCCGAACCUUUGCCUUUGCCUUCAAAGUGACUUUUUGUCAGCCACGAACCAACCGCACCACACCGUGCCGGGACGGACGACCAAAGUUGGCUGACGAGCGACUUGGGGCUCGCCGUCGCAAAGCAAAACCUUGAAAGCGCGCCUGUACCUUUAAGAGCGUUUGCUGUAGAUGCCGCCAGCGUAACCAUUAGCACGGCUCAAAAUAGAAAGUCGUGAUGUUGGCUUUUGAUUGUGGAGCAGAACAACACGGAUAAAAACCGGGGAGCACUUUGGCUGUACGGGCUGCAUCGUCCCUGCACUACCUCCUCUUACAGUCUCGCUCGCUCGCUCGCUCGCUCGCUUGCUCUGUGCCUAAUAAAGUGCUUCUACCUGACAGCCUGCCUCAUUAUUUCACUAGCUUAGCACAGCUUAGGUUCGAGACUUUCAGCAGGGUGGAAUUGGUGAGGUUCAGAAUGUGAAUGAAAAUCAUCUUUCUUGACCCAGUUUGUCAAAAACAUGCAAAGAAAUCCGUUGAUGACGGCACGGAUCGGCGCCGACGACAUUAGCAGCUCCACGGUGAACUUUCCUGCCGCUAACUUGAGGUCCGGCCUUCAAUACGCCCCCCCCCAGGUGUGGCGUCAGCGAACCUAUCAGGAGCUGUGACCGCGUCGUCUGGGCUUGCCCGCCGUGGAUGUGGAGGCGAAACGUUGGACCUCAACGGAAAUCAAAUUCAAAUCUCCCUCUGGCCAAUGUGCCAUUUGACAAAAUGUAAUCAUUUUGGUGAUCCCGAGUGACCCGAAACAGGACAGCUUUAGUCUGAUUUGACAAAAAAACAAGGCCCUUUCCUUUUGCUGCUAUUUUUGUCUGCUUGUACUUUGAGCUUUCUCUCAUCAAAUAUGCGACUUGGAAACAUCGACGAUGACGCGCGGCUCUCGGGCGGCUUUGGCGGUCAUCUGAGGCCAGCGCCCCCAUUUUCUGCAGUAUUUCUCCAGCUUUUUGCAUUCCUUUUUCCACUCAAGAUCGCUCUGACGACCGCUGUCUUUUGAGCGCGAGUUUGUCAGCCCGGAUCGGGAAGUCCCGCAGGAUCUCGGCACGGCUGUCCUCAAUAACCUCGCGCUCCGUAUUACGUUUGAAAGUAUAUCGAGGUUCCGGCGCACUCCUCCCGCCUUCAUUGUACCGGCCAAGCCGCCGUCUCCGGGGUCCCGUCCGGCGCGGGAGACGCCGGACUCUGCCGAUCUUGUGCUUGGGCUUCUCUCCGUCUUCCUCGUGCAAUUCUAUUGUAUACGCACGCGGACGCGCGGUUCAAAUCAGACUCAAGCGCUCCGGUUUCAGGUCACUCGGGAUCACCAAAAGGAUUUCGGUUUGUUAAUACGUCUCGAAUUUCUUCCACAGUCCGGGUCAGAACGGAAGGCGGACCCGCCAAGUGGACUUCUGAGAGAGGCAACGCGACCACUUGCAGCCUAUUAACCAUUCGACCUGAAAGCUUUUGCUUCUUAAUCAAUAAAUGAUCUCAUCUCCCUCAGCGUUGCCUUCGCAAGAGCGCUUGUCCCCCUGACUCGGGUCGCUUUCGGGCGUGGCCCAGCCCAGCCCGACUUUGGGCAAGAGGGGCUGUAGACCCUCAAAUGGUGGCCAAAUACCUCCGUCAAGAAAGAAGAGCAGAGGGCAAAAUCGAUCGGCUAUCGAUCGGGCGCUUCGACGGGAGGUCGACUCGUUCGUCGGCAGCGGGCGAGGAGGUUUCGGAUUUCGGGACGGGCUACGUCCUGAAAUGAGAUCCUGCCCACAGAGUGCAAAUCAAUAACGGGACCGAGAAAAAAAGCGCCGUAGUCAUCCAUUUCUUUUCUGGCCCUCAGGUGUACGCUUCUUUGCAUUUUCCGCUAAUAAAGCACAAAAAUCACACACUAGGAGGCGUGGCAAUUUCCACGAGGGACCCGCUCGCUAAUCCUAAAUCGAGGGUUCAUCCCUCACCCGAGACGAAGGCCUCGCUUCUUCACGUCCACAAGAAUGUUUGUUUUGACGGUAGAAAAAGGCGCUGAGCGCAAGGCCCAUCCCGACACACUUUUCAUUGGUUGCGACAUCGAUGUGCCAAAAUGUCAAGCAGUGAGAAGCGGCUCCCGUCUCAAAGACGAGCUUCAAAAGCAGCAACGUGACACACACGAGCGGUUCUGCUGCUCUUCUCGCCAGUAAUCUUUCCACUUGUGAGUAAUUGUCACGUUCGAACUUUGCCCCGUGCGAGCUGACUGGUGCAAAAGUUUGACUGAAACUUGUUCAAGUUCUAUUGCUGAAGUCAAAAUCCCGACGUUUCUUGAGCACAUUUUCACUUAAGGGCCGCUUUUGUUUUCCCACACAGCAAAGAUUCAUUUCAAACUCGCACGUUUACAAAGUCUCCUUUUUAAAAAAAAAAGUGCACGCAUACCAAACAGAUACGCGGAAAUACGCGCGUAGCCGACCGGACGGAUGCGAGGCCCCGAGGAAUCCGUAUCAGGAUCAAUAAGAAUCUGCCGUGACGGGAUGGCGCAAUGAAAAUUUCUUGAUGGACUUCGAUCGGGCCAAAGAGGAGCUCGGACGCCAGGAAUGGCCGCCAGCUACGCGUGCGCGUGCAUGAAAAAGCAGCAGCAGCAGCAGCAGCAGCGGCGGCGGCAUUACUUCUGCAUUUUUUUUCCCCCCACUCUCGCGCAACGCAAAGCGACACUUUUGCUAUUGGGAUUCAAUAUAGAGGCGACUCGUGUGGCAAAGAGAAGCGUCCAGAAAUGCCACUCGAGACUUGACAGACGCAAUCAUUUCCUGGCUUUCCCGCUCUCAGGUCUGCAAAAAUGGAAAGAAACCACCUGCAGGACAAGAGCGCGGAUGGCCUCAUCUAGCGUCAGCACUUCCACGGGACCGACUUUAUCCACACCGUCACGUUCACUUUCAUAAACAAAGAGCGACGGCUGCCAGGCCCACUUAAAGCCAACGAGGGUUCAGCGUCUUGCCCGAGGACACUUGGGUGGAAUUCCAAACAGGGUGACUUGCGACCGCCCGUGGGCGUCACAUCAGCUUUUUCCAUCGUUGAGUGAAAAGGGAAGACGCUGAUGUCAGCAGGCUGCAACGCUUACGCUUCAGCGCUAAUGUUGCCGUAAUUCAAUUUCCCGCGCGCCGCAUCACGUUGAGGCGCCACGGCAACAGCAAACGCACGCGCUCUGUUUUGCGUGCCUUGCGCUCUCUCCCCAACGGCGAAGGCACAUUAUGAAGGAACGCAGCGGCCGCCGUUAGCGUGAGUAGGAUUUGCCCACGGCGACGCCCGUAAAGGGGGUCGGCGGCAUUGGCGCUUGGCGACAGUCGCGCGCGCGCGCGCACUGACGCAAAAGCCACACGCUGGACUUUUACAUACGAUGCUACGUACACACACACACACACACACA